AUGGAGGUGCUUCGAGACUGCCUGGGCCAGAUGGAAUCAAAGCUGCUUCGAAAGAUCAAGGAAUUGCCAGAAAGUGUUGAGCAGGCAUACGAAAUUAUCUUGCGGCGAUGUCAUCAACAGAAUCGUCAAGACGGGAGACGCCUGCUGAAUAUCAUCGUCGCAGCGCAACGGCCCCUGAAAGUAUCCGAGAUCGAUGUUGCUUUAGAGGUCCAACCUGAUAUGAUCUCUCGCACUGAUUUGGAUCUUGAGGGCUCCCACAGAAAGCAGUGGAUAUGA